AGUGAAUUGUUACCAUCGUCAAAUAAUCAGAUUGAUUACAAAAUAUCAUCAAGAGCAUAUUAGAUUCACUAAACUAUUUUCAACAAUUUUCUCCUGCAAAAUUUUUAUAAAUUUUUAUCUUAUUGAUCGAAAUUAAUUACAAGUUAUAGCUUCUUAAUUACAUAUGCACACAUAAGUUAUCGAACUCAGAUAGACGCGUAAAUUAGGAUUAGCCAGACUUCAAAUUGACGGCGAAAUAUUGGAUAUUAAAGCAGUUAAAUGAAUAAAUUGAUGAGUGGUGCGAUCAUCGAUUUAGUAAUCACAUGCCUUCCGCAAAUAAUUUCAAUAUUUUAACAUGCACACGCGUAACGGUAUACGCGUAUUCCGUAUUCCUGCAGUUUGACGAGUUACAUUCUACAGCUGCAUUUCCUAUCACCGGCAAUAAACACCAGCAAUAAAUGCCGAGCUCUGCUGACUACAUCCAUGGAAUCGAUGGUUUUAUUAAAAUUAUCGAAAUCAUCUAAACAUUUUUCUCUAUUAAGUAAUAGACUUGUGAAUUAGCUUCAUAAUAACUGAAACGGUUGCCAUCCUUAAUUCCAUGCUUGUUUAAACAAAAAAUAAUUGAGAUUUCUUUAUAUUCUUUCUAUAUCCAAUUUGAUUACGUGAUCAUAGCAAGUUGGAAAUAAAUAUCGAUGAAAAAAAAUCGAUGAGUUUAUUCGUCUUUAAAAAUCUGACGUCGAAUUUCCAAAACUCCAAAUUUUUCACUCAAAAAUUAAGCUUUGAAAAUUGAAGAUAAAUUAAUUCUUAAUUAAUAAUUAAUUGCCUUAAAUAAAUUUUCCAAUAGCAAACUAGAAUGUAAUAGCAAUCGAAUACGAAACACCAAAGACUAUUGCACGGAACACAAUGCAAUGCGCUUACAAAAUCUUGUCGCGUAUGUUGGUUUGACGGCACAACAGGAAGUAACACAAGCAACAGGUGUACGACAGGUUUGUCCCCAACCUUCGAAAUGUUUCACUAUCCAAGAGGAGGCAGGGGAUAUAAUGCGCGUUCGUAGUUAUAAAAUCUCAAAUUAAAGCGCAAUACACAUGUUCCACGUGCUCUUAAGCAAAAUCCAAUUAUUAUUGCACCAAGGAGAAAAAGUACUAAUAUAAAUUUGACUUGAAUCUCGCGCAAAACUCUCUCGCGGAAUGAAAAUAAAUUCUCCAAUUUGAGGAUCAUUUAUACAAUAAUUUUCCUCUUUUCAUGAUAAACGUCAUGCCAGAAGCUCAGUUGGUGUCCAUUACCGGACACCUGGACACGGCAAGACCACCAGGGGUCAACUCCGCCCUCAACAAGGUUUUUCCGCCGGCGGCGGCGGCAAACCUCGGCUUAUAUUCUACCCGGCUUACGACGAAGGUUGCCCUACCACGCUGCCAUCGGCGGUGCUGGCAUGGGACGGGAUUUCUACGGGAGUCGAGGACGGACGCGGCCGCCGUGCUCGGUUCUUGCAGUCGACAUCAAGACCGCGAUGCGGCGGCCGAGUUAACGGUCGAAGAGGAGCCGAAGAGCAGUCUCUCCACGUCCACGCUCGCGAUUCGCGUCGGAAAUUCGGAGCAAAGUGCAAAAUCGGACUCCGUUCUCCGCUCUUGACGACUUCUUUCCUGCUCACGUGUGGGACAUGAUCGUCUCGUAGACCGCGAAUCCCCGACCGCAUUCCGUGGAUUCCAGUUACGCUUACGGCGACCCUGUGCCCUCGAAGGGUCCAAGGGAGCGGUGCGUUCACGCGCGUCGAUUACGUGCGUUCCCAGCGAGGUGCGGCCGAACUUCCUCCUCGGCGCACCAUGGCCCAGACUGCACACUCGUAGAGGACGAUAUAAUCAAUUAUGAAUGCGAUUCCGAGGGAGCUGUUGCUGCUGCUGGCGGGCGUGUUCGUCGUUGCAGCGACCACGUCCGUCUGCCCCUGGGCGCAACACGCGCCAGACCUCGAGAGCUCAUGCAUCUGCGACUACAAUCUGGCCGGUGAACUCUCGGUGCAGUGCGACAUCGUCGACUACGAACAGCUGCUGCUGGCGAUGCGACGUCACGCUACCAAGUCGCCAGUGGACCUCCUCUACAUCAACAACAGCACGAUCGGCGUCCUGAGGAACAACUCGCUGACUCCCUUGUGGAUCCACAACAUACAGUUGUCUGGCUGCCGCAUCAGGAGCAUCGAGCCGGAGGCCUUCAAGGGCCAGGAGAAUCACCUGCGGAGUCUGAAUCUCAAGGACAAUGAACUCACGGAGAUCCCCGGCGUCAAUCUGAGAACCCUGAGGAACCUCACCGUUCUGGAUCUCUCGAUGAACAAGAUCACCCGGGUGAACGACAACGUGUUCGUCGGCACCAAGCUGAUCACGCUGAAGCUCUCCGACAACGAGAUAACUCUUGGCCCGGGAUCGUUCUACAGCUUGGAGAGAACCCUGAAGAACCUCAAUCUCAAGGGCACGCGACAGAAGAAGGUACCGGAGGCGCUCCGGGGCCUGAGGACUCUGGCCUUCCUCGAUCUCUCGCAGAACAGUAUACGCGAGCUGCCCGGCACUUCCGGUACCAAAGCCUUCGAGGGUCUCGACUCCCUUACGGGACUGAAUCUCGAGAGGAAUCUGAUUCAGAAUAUUGGCCCGGAAGCGUUCCACGGCAUCAGGAACACUCUGAGUUCCCUAAGUCUGCUGAACAAUCUCAUCCCGGACUUCCCAACGGCGGCUAUCAACAGCAUCCACGAUCUCAGAGUACUGGAUAUCGGAUUCAACCUGAUCACCGAGUUGCCAGUCAACGCCUUUCAAGACAAUCCGUCGAUCACACUGCUGGCGAUCGAUGGUAACCCGCUGUCCACGGUACCGGAAGAGGCGCUCGCACAACUAAACGGUACUCUACGCGGUCUGAGCUUGGGUGGACGGUUUCUCGUCUGUGACUGCCGGUUACGCUGGAUCGUCCAAUGGAUCAAAAAGCGGGACUUGCAGGUCACCAGUCGUGAACGCAAGCCGCAAUUCUGCGGUAGCCCGCAGCGACUGCAAGACAAGAGCUUCUACAACAUCGAUCCCGAAGACAUGAGCUGCGAGCGACCGUCAGAGAUCAUUGGAAUUGGGACGGUGGAGAGCGUAGACACCAGGGAGCCAACAGAGACGGUAGCUGGUGAUAUUGAUACCCAUCUUCCGACUAUUCGACCCACAACUUCUACAACUGAGCUGAUCACUAGUACAACAUUGUCCACAACCACAGUGACGGUAUCAUCGUCGACCGAACAGAGAAGAACAGCACCACCGGCAUCACCCUCGACCUUUAUUCCAACAACUCGACCGACCGUCGCUCGAACUGGAAACGUCGUAGUCGUGAGGACUACUCCAUCACCGCCAAAGCAACCGCAAGAGCAGAUGCAACAGCAUCAGCCGAGACCGCCGUUGGUUCUGGGAUCACCAUUGUACAAAUCAAAGUCGAUUGAUAAGGACAUUGUAGUGAAAGAUGUGCUCAGACAAGACAAUGCGGUCAUCAUAUAUUGGGAUACCGACGCGACCAAUAUUCUGGGCUUCAGAGUGAUCUAUCGACUGUUCGGAGAUAAUAGCUUCAAGCAAGCGCCGCCGCUCGAGGCUAGCGAACGGGAGUUCAAGAUCAAGAACGUACCUUCGCAGGAGUGCAUCGUGGUUUGCGUGAUCUCGCUGGAGGAGACCAAUAUUACACCAGCGAAUGUACCGUAUAACCAGUGUCGCGAGGUCAGGACGGAGAACUCACCAACUUCGAACAUGGAUAAGAUCACGAUCGCCGCGAGCGCGGCGAUCUGCGCGACGAUCGUCGUCGCGGUGAUCAUCUUCGUGGUGGCGAAUCGACGUCGCGCCCGCAAGCUGCACACUCUGCACAGCAUCGAUCAGACAAAGAUGGGCGGCCCAAUCGCUGGUCUGCCGGUCAACUGUUGCGCGAACGUGGGUCCAACGCCCAGUCCUGGUGGCCCUUUAUCAUCAAUGGCUACCUUAAGUGCCUAUAACGCUCAGAAAGAGUGGGACCAAGUGUCGGCCUACAGCAAUAGAAGCAUACCGCGCCCGAGAAUCUUCCCCAUAGAUCGACAAGGAUCAAUCACUAGAGCGUCCUGCAUCGACGACGUGCGCUCGCAGAUCGGACACUACAGCAGCAAGGCCCGAUCGAUCGCCGAUGGCCAAUCUCAGCAUAGCUUCUCCAACAAUUCCACACGGUACUUCGCCAACACCGCUCUAGCUUCCAAUCUCGUCAGUUCGAGACCAGAAUUACGACAAUCCCGGCAAUCGCUCGCGGCCGCCUCAGACCGGAUGUCGCGAUCCAACUUCUCCACUAGUAACCAUUUGCCGCCACAUUCAUCGGCCCGUCGACAGCGACCGCGAUCGCGUAACCGCACCCUAGAGCCGAAUCCACCGCGACCCGGCAGUCGAUACAGUCUGGCGGAUUCCACUCACACUCUCAACAACUAUGACGAGAACAAUUGGACCGAUCAUGACAUGGACAUUUACAUGGCCCGCAACCCCACCACGAGGAGCGGCCUUGUGCCGCUUUAAGAUUUUGCGGGCCUCGACGUCAUCUCGUCGUCCAUUCUUGCUCAAGCGUGUUCAGUAGAAUAUUCAGUUUGCGUUUCAACGGACUGCUCACGCUCGUGCGACUUGUCGUCCGCAAGUCGAGACGUUGCCGAGCGAAAUUUAGAUAAUCUUGACGACCGCUCCGAUCAUAGAGUAAUCGUUAGCUCGUUGAGUGUCCCAGAUUUCGGAGAACGCUCAUCGUAAUGAUAGAAUGUAGCUUUGCGAGGCCUUGUAUCAAAUAGAUGCAAAUCCCGAGAUGAUCAAAUCUCUUUUCCGAAUUCUAAUGCGUUCAGUGUGACGAGAGAACGUCUCUUUGCGCUCGAUUUUAAUCUGCACGAUCAACGUUAACACCGCGUGGGACGUAUUACCGUGUAAUGCUCGCACGAUCAGCGCAAGGCGCAAGUGUUGAGUGUUAAGAAGCGGUCUUAAAUGUACGUACAUCCUUAUGUAAGUAAGUACCACUAAUCAUCGAAUCGUCAACGAGGCAAGUGCGCCACGAGCGUCCUUUCCGCCGAUUCGAGUGGACGAUUCCCGAAUUCUUAUCGUGGACUUCGCGACUUUUCGAUGGACUUGGCGAUUCUACCGUCCAAAGACUGCGAUCGACGUGUCUAUCUCUAGAGAGUGCUAAUUGCAAUCAAGUUGACAUAUCGUAAUAACAACGUUAUUCCGGAUCACCCCGCAUGAGCGGCGAAACGAGAAGGACAUAAUGAGAGACUCUAAAAGCUCACGAUGACUCACAAGCUACCUUAUUUUAUAAUGUAAUGUAUUCGCGCGUGCAAUCGCGCAUCGACGACGAGUCGGCGACUCGCCGUUCGGUGUGCUGAUGACAAAUAAAGAGACUACUUCACUACUCA